CAAAUUCUCUAAAUACAACCAAAUCAAGCUAUUAUAUCAAACAUCAGACUCAUGGCUUUGGCAUCAAAAAAAAAUCUGGCCAUGACUAUUUUGGUGUUGGCAUUUCUUUGCAUGGCAUUUGUUUCAAGUUUAGCUCUUAAUCCAACAUGCAUUGGACCUUGUGCAUCGAUUAAGAAAGGUUGCCAGAAAAUUUGCCAAAAUCGGGGUUUUGUUACGGGUGCUUGCAUGCCACCCCCUUCGUCUAUGUGCUGUUGUCAUGAUCAACCGAUUAAUUUUUAAUGCUCAUUUGUAAUUUAAAGGGUUUAAUAGUAUCUUAAUAAGCUUUUAGAUACACAAGUUAACAAUCAUUGCUUGUAAACUAUUUUGGGAUCUUAUUGUUUGAUAAGUUACCAGA